GCCUCGCUUAGAAUGAUCACGAUAGAUAAUGUGGGUUCUAGUGAAUCAGAACCUGCCCGCGGGAGACGCUUGGCCCUUGAGGUCCAGUGGGGGGUUCUUUUGGUUCUUCUGGUUCUCAUUUACGGCUCCCACGCUCCCCUGAUCUCCCUCACCAAAGUUGACGGCCGUGUUCCCUUCAGUGCGUCGUCCUGUGUGGUUCUGAUCGAAUUGGCCAAACUAAUGGUCUCACUUGCAACCCUGGUGGCGACCGGGAAUGUUCCCACUCUCAAAGCGUCCGUUUCGAUCACGGCGAUGGCGCCGUACGCCGUUCCUGCGCUUCUCUACGCUUUCAACAACAACCUAGUGGUCUACAUGCAAGCGUACAUGGACCCGAGCUCCUUCCAGCUACUUAGCAACCUUAAAAUCGCCUCUACCGCGCUUCUCUACACGUCCUGUUUGGGAAAGAGGUUGCGGUCGGCACAAUGGCUUGCUUUGGGGUUGCUUGUGGCUGCCGGGGUGUCCCACAGCUACACCAGCCUACAUUGGGAGCGUAUAAAUCAAGAUAAAUCGAGUCCCAGGCUUCACGUCACCUCCUGGGGCCUCCUGCUAGUGCUCGUAUAUUGUUUUGUAUCCGGAUUGGCAGCCGUUUACACCGAACAAGUGUUGAAAACGCAACGUUUGCCGCUCAGUCUCCAAAACAUGUUCCUGUACGUCUUUGGAGUGGCGAUUAAUCUUGCGUCGCAUCUAUUCAGUAGCGGCGAGCAGCAGGGGUUUUUGGAUGGAUAUUCCGCACUGGUUUGGCUCAUUAUAGCGGGUCAGGUCGCUAACGGUCUACUGAUGUCGGUGAUCAUGAAACAUGGAACAGGAAUCACGAGGCUUUUCAUCAUCUCAUCCGCCAUGUUGGUAAACGGCGUCCUCUCCUGGGGGCUUUUGGGAAUACAGCUCACCCCUUACUUCCUGUUUCCUGUAGUGCUGACUGGAUGGGCUGUGCACCUGUAUUACACGUAGAGCAAACGCCAUUGAGCUACGACAAAAAGAGCCUAUGUUUAUGAUUUGUAGUCUUUUGGUUUGUUAUAUAAGAUGCAGUGCAAAAUGUCUGUGCAUUUAAAGACGGUUAGUUCACCCAAAAGUUAAAAUUCUGUCAUGUCACUGGGUGCCUGGGUAUCUCAGCGACCUGGAGUCGCGAGUUUGAAUCCAGGGCUUGCUGAGUGACUCCAGACAGGUCUCCAUAGCAACCAAAUUGGCCCGGUUGCUAGGGAGGGUAGAGUCACAUGGGGUAACCUCCUCGUGGUCGCUAUAAUGUGGUUCUCGCUCUCGGUGGGGCGCGUGGUGAGUUGUGCGUGGAUGCCGCGGAGAAUAGCGUGAGGCGUCCACACGCGCUACGUCUCCACGGUAACCCGCUCAACAAGCCACGUGAUAAGAUGCGCGGAUUGACGGUCUCAGACGCAGAGGCAACUGAGAUUCGUCCUCCGCCACCCGGAUUGAGGCGAGUUGCUACGCCACCACGAGGACUUGGCGCGCAUUAGGAAUUGGGCGUUACACAUUGGAGAGAGUCAUGUCAUGUCUUUCCAAACCUGUUUGACUUUCUGUUUACAGUGGAGCACAAAAGGAGACGUUUAGCGAAAUGUUUAGUGUUCUGUUGCAUAAUGGAGAUGGCAUGAUCCAUAAAGGACUCGUAUGACAUGUGCUCUUAUGACAGCUUUGUGUGAGAAACAGACUAAAAUUGAAGUUGUUUUGUGCCAAAGAUGAUAUCUUCCCUUCAACCGUUGCUCUCAAAUCUCAUUCACACUUGAGCAUAUUCAAACUUGUGCAUUAUAAUUGGUCAAGUUACAUGCAUGAACUAAUGGCGUUUGGUGUCAUUGAUGUCAAAACUAGUGCGACUUGUCUACAGAAGCCCCGAACCCACUGUGAAAUUAGUUUUCACUUGGUUAUGGACUUGGUUAAUUUUUUUAGGUGUCUUACAACAAAAGAAAAUAUAAAAAAAAAAUUAUAUAUAUAUAUAUAUUUUUUUUUUGUCCUAAAUGUUUUUUCCUCUAAAUUUUGUUUUGUCAUUCUUGAUGAGUAUUAUACAACUAUAAAUCAAGUACCUCAUCUGUCAUCUGUCACCUUGAAAGCCUUUCAUGCUUGCUGAUAGGGGCACCUGGUGGCCGAGGUUGGUACUGCAUGCUUAUUGUUGCAAGCAAAAUUAAAUAAAUUCUCAUGUUGCCUAUUGAGGAGAGGAACUUUUUUUUUUUUUUUGGUAGGACCUAGGCUAAGGAUGGCACUAAGACACCUAAAAAAAUAAAUAAAAUAAAAACAUUUUUGUUUAUUGAAUUAAAAGUAAAAAAAAAAAUUCUUCUGUAUUCGAUAUCAACAGUUUAUUUCAAUUUUUAUCAUAAUUUUUUUUUAAACAAUAUAAUUAAUUAAAAAUGUUAGCAAAUGAUAAUAUAAUUAAUUUUUAACAUCAUAUUGAACUAUUUUUAUCAAACAAAGUGCUUUUAUACAGAACCGUACAGCACAAUCCAAAUACAACAUUGGAGUAUUGUGAGAUAUUGCUUGAAUAUUAUACAAUUACUAUUGAUUUAUUCUCAUUAUUAUUAUUAGUAGUAGUAUUACAGUGAAUAUAACAUUACUAUACAGUAGUGUUAUAUUCCUGGCAUACUUUUUUCUAUUUAAAUUGAGCUUUUACUUUGAAGCAUGUCUGUGUUAUGAUGGUUAAUCCAGAAAAGCCGGUUGCUAAGUAACUCAAAGUGCUUAUUAAUCUGUGAAAGACAUAUAGAGUCUGUAUGUGCUGCACACUACAUAGUGAAUAUACAGAGUUUUCUGUAAAUGAGCCGAGGAGGUCUGAAUGGUUUGAGCACUUUGUGGGUGUGUGUAAACAACUCCGGCUCCACACAUUCACAAACACUCACAUAUGAAGCGCGCAGCACAUGCAAACUAUAGAUUUAUCUCAUUAAAUCGCAUCAGGACAUUUAAAUUGAUUUAAAUUUGUGCACUGAAGAUUACGGAAGCACAUGCGUACGUCAGAUGCUAUCGUAACAUGAGCGCGGUAUCGGAACCGAUUCCGAUAUUGGGACAUCCCUAAUAAAAACUGAAAGAACAAAGUAAAUUUAAACACUCAUAAACCAACUAAAAUAAAAUGCGAAUAAUAAAUACGUUUUAGUUUUUGACACACGGUACAUUAGAAAAAUUGAAACAUUGACACUCAACUUUAAUUAAACAUCUAAUUAACAUAAGUGCUGCAGAAUAAAGGUAACAAAAGACUGACGCGAAAAUACGAUUUUAAAGCUGCAGUGGAGGGAAAGAUUUUCAGUGAAUAACAAUUUAAAUUAGGGUCUGUUUAUUACAGUUUUCAAAGCUAUUGAACAACUUCAGAGGACUUUUAUGAUACUGUUUAUGGAGCUUGACUGCCGCUGAAUAUUCAGCUUCCAGCUGUCUCCUUUCGCACAUUCUCCUUUUUCAGGUUUAGAACAACAUGAGGGUGAGUAAAUGAUGACAGAAUUUUUAGUUUUGAGGGAACAACCGCUUUAGAUGUAUUUUCAGCCUUUUCAGGAUCUCAGUGAACAUGAACCACAGCGUCAGACAUUUCUCUUAAUCUCUGAUUAUUUCAUAUUUCUGUUCAUCAUUUGUGUUUUUACUUCAGCAUGUGCCACAGAUAUCCGUCUGUUUCUGCCUUUGAACAACAUGAAGAUUUAUUAUGUUCUCAUAUGCAUCUGUGAGUUUAUUUGAUUUAAAAUAAAUGUUGAAUUGAAUAUGAAAUGAUGUCAUGCUUCUUUAAUACUGAUUAUAAAGGAUAAUGUUUGACCCUGGUCAGUUUCACUACGGUGUUUCGUUGGUCUCCCCAAACUGUGUUAUCCGCGGCAGCUUUGCUUUUAACAGGGACGAGAGGGAUCACAUUUCCCCUGUUUCAGCGUCUCUACACUGGCUUCCUGUGACAUUAGUUUAUAAGCACUAUCUGGUGUGUGUGUAUAUAUCCGUUACCUUCUCCCUUACACC